CAUUACCUGACCAGCGCCUCGGCCAGUGUGUCCGCAGCGCCUGGAGAGGCUCCCAGUCGUGGUCUCUGCUUUUCACAGGGCGGGUCUCUCAACUGCGACUCCAGAGACGCGUCUUCUGCCCCCCGGGGCAUGGCCCCAACGCAGAACUGAUCGCCAAAGUCUCCGCUCCUCUCAGGAUGCAGCUGAGGUGGACCCAGCGGGGCAUGAUGUGGCUCGGAGCACUGCUGACACUCCUGCUCUGUUCAAGCCUCAAAGGUCAAGAAAACUCCUUCACCAUCAACAGCAUCCACAUGCAGAUCCUGCCGCAAAACACGGUGCAAAACGGGGAGAACCUGACCCUGCAGUGCCUCGUGGAUGUCAGCACCACCUCGCCGGUCCAGCCUCUGCACCAGGUGCUGUUCUACAAGGAUGAUGUGCUGCUUCACAACGUCUCCUCCAGGACAAACAGAGAGAGUUAUUUGAUUCCCCACGUCCGGGUCUGUGACUCAGGGAGAUACAAAUGCACCGUGAAACUGAACAACAAGGAGAAAGUGACGCCAGAGCAUGAGGUGUGGGUGAAAGGAGUGUCUGAUCCCAGGGUGACGCUGGACAAGAAGGAGGUGAUAGAAGGUGGAGUCGUGGUAGUCAACUGUUCUGUCCCAGAGGAAAAGGCUCCUGUACAUUUCACAAUAGAAAAAUUCGAACUAGAUAUAAGGAGUGCCAAGAAAAAAAGAGAAAAAACCUCUCAGAACCAGAAUUUUGUGACGCUGGAAUUCACAGUUGAGGAGCAAGACCGUGCCAUAUUUUUCCAAUGUCAAGCGAAGAUCUUUUCCGGGUCCAACGUGGAGUCCUCCAUAUCCAUGAAGAGUGAACUGGUCACUGUGCGGGAAUCCUUCUCUAAUCCCAAGUUCCACAUCAUCCCCGAGGGAAAGAUCACAGAAGGAGAUGACCUCCAGGUCAAGUGCACCGUUCAGGUGACGCACCAGGCCCAGUCAUUCCCGGAAAUCAUCAUCCAGAAGGACAGGGAGAUUGUCGCACACAACAGCCUCAGCAGUGAGGCUGUGUACUCCGUGAUGGCCACGACAGAGCACAACGGCAACUACACGUGCAAAGUGGAAGCCAGUCGCAUAUCCAAAGUCAGCAGCGUCGUGGUCAACAUCACAGAGCUGUUUUCCAAGCCUAAGCUGGAGUCUUCAGCCACACAUCUGGACCAGGGUGAAAAUCUGAACCUGUGGUGCUCCAUCCCAGGAGCACCUCCGGCCAACUUCACCAUCCAGAAGGGAGGCAUGACUGUGUCGCAGACUCAAAAUUUCAGCAAGAGAGUGGCAGAGUGGGACAGUGGAUUAUACACCUGUGUGGCGGGCGUCGGCAGGGUGGUCAAGAGAAGCAACACAGUCCAGAUAACUGUGUGUGAAAUGCUUUCCAAGCCCAGUAUUUUUCAUGACUCCAGGUCUGAGGUGAUAAAAGGACAGACCAUUGAAGUCAGUUGUCAGUCCAUAAACGGAACGGCGCCCAUUUUUUAUCAGCUUUCAAACACAAGUAAGCCUGUGGCGAAUCAGAGCAUGGGCUCAAAUGAGCCGGCAAUAUUCCGAGAUAAACCCACGAAAGAUGUAGAAUACUGGUGCAGUGCAGAUAACUGCCAUUCCCACAGCAAGAUGUUCAGCGAAGUUCUGCGAGUCAAGGUGAUAGCCCCAGUGGAUGAAGCCAAGCUCUCUAUCCUCUUGAAGGAGGAGGUGGAGUCUGGGAUGCCCAUUGUGCUUCACUGCUCCGUGAGCGAAGGAUCCAGUCCUAUCACGUACAAGUUUUACAAAGGAAAGGAGAGCAAACCCUUCCACCAAGAAACCUUAAAUGCCACCCUGGCCAUUUGGCACGAGGACACGGCCAGCAAGGAGCACGAGGGACAGUAUUACUGCACGGCCUCCAACAGAGCCAACCUUUCCAAACACGUGAUCCAAAGCAACACACUGACCAUCAGAGUCUAUCUUGCCCCCUGGAAGAAAGGACUCAUCGCAGUGGUGGUCAUCGGAGUGAUCAUUGCCACCUUGGUCCUUGGAGCCAGAUGCUAUUUUCUGAAGAAAGCCAAGGCCAAGCAGAUGCCGGUGGAGAUGUCCAGGCCAGCCGUACCGCUUCUGAACUCCAACAAUGAGAAGACAUUGUCAGAUGUCAGUACUGAAGCCGACAGACAUUAUGGUUUCAAUGAAGAUGUUGGAAACCAUGCAAUGAAGCCAUUAAAUGAAAAUAAAGAGCCUCUGACCUUGGACGUGGAGUACACAGAAGUGGAAGUGACCUCCCCUGAGCCUCACCGAGGUCUGGGCACAAAGGGCACGGAGACGGUAUACAGUGAAAUCCGGAAAGCUGAUCCUGAGAACGGAAGGCUCCCUUGACGGAUCUUAGGACUCUGUGAGCACACGCGCCUCCCUGGGAGGAUGCCCACAUUCCGAGAAGAACAGAUGAUUCCUGUAUCGCAAGAGUUUCGUGCACUUAUUUAUGGACCUGCCCUGCUCCCACUGAAUGUAGCAAUUCGUCAGGCCAAGCCACCAGUUAUUAAAUCCAUCUUAACUACUUUUAUGUUGGGUAUAAAGAGCUAACAGACCGGCUGGUUAGUUUCCCGCACGGCCCGCCUCCCAGCAAGUUGAAGCAUCCUCAGGAGUGGAGAGUGGCAGCCAGAGAUUCAGGGUAAACUGGCCAUUGGGGUAUUUUGAAACUUGAAUAUUUUGUCUUGUGCAGAAAUCGAGAACUUGUCCAAGUAGCCUCAUGCACAGAUGCCGGUUUCUGUUUUGUAGUCAGUUCCCCCUAGAGAGUGGCCUAGCUUAGGGGCUAGUUUUUCUCUUUGCCUUUGGCCCUUUGAAUGUCUGUGGUUCUAGGCAGUCCUUGUUCCUUGGUAGUGCACAGCAUGGACUGGACAGCUGCACCCUGCCCUCUCCACGGCCUCUCCUGACACAACUGGGAGAACAAAGCUGCUUGGGAGAGACUCUUCUGAGAUGCCAACUUGAUGCCAACUUCAUUUCUGGGCAAUGCACCAAAUAGAAAAUGAAGUCGGACAAAGCACAGAUGUUCAUAGGCUGGUUUUCUAUCCCCUUUCUUUCUUUUCCUCUACCACGCUGAAGGCCGAAGGACAGGAAGAUGGCUGCCUCCAGCAAAAAAAAAUUUUAAUAGAAAAAUGAAAUGCAUAUUUUUCUUACUAAUUUUGUUAUUUAUUCCUUGCUAAAAGGAAUGGUCUCCCGAGGUCCUCAGGUGUUUCUGAUGGUGUCCUGAGUGUGGAUGAGGGACUGUGGCCCUUCCGUGCCGGGAUUGCCCUAGUGAGCAUGUCCCACCGAAGCCACCUUCCUUGCCCUCCUCAGCUACGCCGUGCAGGGGCCCUGUGGGGUGUUGUAUUAAAUAAAUCUGAUCUUCACUCUUCACAGA